AUUAUGUCGCAUAUCGCUGCAAAUGUUGAAAUUCGUUCGAUUUCCGAUGACGAAACGAGUUCCGUGUCCUCUUUUCCGCGGUCGACGCGAGAUUUGGUCGAAACGAUGCACGAUGCCGACCUUUUUGAGUAUCCCGAGGGGCAGGAAGUCACCACAGAUGAGAUGAUUGCGGAAGCGAUAAGGGGCGGACCACAAAUUUCCGACCUAAAUAUGGAUGGAUGCACGAAUGUGACGAUCGGAAAUCAAACACACAUCAAAGGAACUGUGAUAAUUCGGAAUGUUUUGACGCGAAGUGAGGCCAUUUGUGGGAAAAAUGACGAGGAAUUGUCGAGCAGUAGUGAUUUUUCGAAAGAUACAGAGACGGGAGACGGUUACAAAGGCUUCGGCUUGAAAAGUUCACGAUCACGGAGAAUUUUAAUCUUAUCAGCGGUGAUAAUUUUGAGUGGAUUCUUGCUUGCGAUGGGAAUUACGCUGAUAAUUUUGUUUUCCACGUCAGAAAAUUCUAUUCCUGUAACAACUUUUGAGCCUUCGACAACACUUUCAACCACAGAAAUUCCUUCGACUUCGUCAACGAUGCCUUCGACAAUUCCUCCAACGACUCCAGAAACAACAACUCCCGAAAUAACGACGACGACGCCGUUUCCGUUGACGAUUGUGAGACGUCGUGAUUGGAAUCAAACGCCAAAUCAUGCAAACAAAAAUUUAUCUCAUCCGGCUGAGGAAAUUUUCAUUGCUCACACGGGAGAUUUGCUGAAAAAGGAAUUUCCGAAUGGGUGUUCGACGAAAAAAGAUUGUACGAGCUUUGCUGUGAAAAUGGAAGAAUAUUACAUUAAAAAAGCGUUUUGGGAUGAUUUGCCGUACAACUUUUUCCUUGGGCAUGACGGGCUUUUGUAUGAAGGCAGGGGUUGGCGGUAUGAUGGAUCUUUAACUUCUGCAUUUCAAGGCGAUGAUUGUAUAUCAAUUGGCUUCAUUGGAGACUACACUCAUUUCGACCCUACUGACGAGCAAAUUCAAAUUCUCUUUGCAAUUAUAGAUCUCGGAAUUGAAAAAGGCUACAUAUCACCGAAUUACAAAAUUUUCGGACAUUGUCAAGCUUCUAAUUCAAAAAGCCCGGGAAAAAGAUUUUACGAAAACCUUCAAAGUUGGAAUAAUUGGUCAAAUUAUUCAAGUCAUCGAGUACUGAAUGAAUGUAAAUUUGAGUGAAAAUAUUAAACAAGUCACAAAACUGAAACAAAAACUUACCUGAAUUAAAACUUUUUAUAAGAAAAAACACGAAAAAUUUACCAAAACCAUAUUUUAUUAUUUUUAUUAGACCAAGUUUCAUCAUUUUUAUUAUUUAAUAUUAUUUUAAUUAAUUUUUAAUAUUUAUCUUAAAAUUAAUUAUAGCCUUAAUUUAAUUUACAUUUUUUUAUACGUAUAUUAUUUUUUAGAUCUUAAUUAAAAAUUUUACAUAAAAAAACUGUCCAAAAAAUGAUUUCAAAUUAUAAAAAAAAUAAAAAAAAAAUGUUUACUCAGUUUUGGCAUUGAAAUAAAUAUCAGUGCCAUUGGUCAACUCAGGGACCGUGGAGGAGGACAUUUCCAUCGUAUUGAGCAUGAUAUUUAUUACAACGACUGCCAAAUUAAUGCCCAAAGAGAUAUUUUGCCCCAAAUCUGCCUUUUCAUGGUGCUCCGAGUUAUUAAUAUCUUGGGUGCCGAGGAAAAUACAAAUUAAGCCUUGGGCGAUCUGAUA